AUGCUUGCCUACUUGCACGAACGACGUAUGUGCGCUGUUGCUGCGCGACUACGCACUGGAGCUCUGGCACGCGUCUUGCAACCGCGAGAUUGCGGAGAGGCUGAUUCAGCUGAUUUUGCGCGGCGCCAUGGAGCGGAGCGUCACGGUGGAUACGGCUACCACCGCUUGCACCGGUGUGGGGUCGAUGCGACCACAGCCGUGGCGUCGAUGAGCAGUACCGCCAAGCUCGCGAUCUCGCGGUCGCAGCGACGACGAUCCACCUCUGGUUCGGCCGAGACUCGCCGAAGCGGCGGCGCUGCGGAUGCGCGCUGA